AUGGCCUCCUUUGAUGGGCCAGGGUUUAGUAUGGUUGAUAAGUCUUGGAUCCAGACCAAAGCCAUUGAUGUUGGAUCAUCGACCGAUAUCUCUCCUUACCUUUCCCGUAUCCUAGAAGAUUGCGUCUGGAAUGGAAACCGGGCCAUUGUCUUCGAUGUCUAUUGGGAUGUCGAAUCUGUUAACACAAAGUCCAAAUGGCGUCUAUCCUCGGUGAAGUUCAGCACGAAAAACCUAUGUCUCUUCCUCCGUCUUCCAAACCAGUUCAAUGAUAAUCUCAAGGAUCUUUACCGCUUCUUUGCUUCCAAAUUCGUCACAUUUGUCGGGGUCCAGAUUCAAGAAGACCUCGUUUUGCUUAAAGAGAAUCACGGUAUUGUGAUCCGGAGCUCUUUGGAGAUUGGGAAAUUAGCAGCUGUUGCCCGAGGAACUCCAAUUGUUGAGUUCCUUGGAACCAGAGAGUUAGCUCACAAGAUUCUUUGGUAUGACAUGAGCCGGCUUGAUUCGAUUCAGUCAAAGUGGGAUGAAGCAGAGACUAAUGAUCGUCUUGAAGCAGCAGCGAUUGAAGGUUGGCUUAUUUACAAUGUCUACGAUCAAUUGCAGCAGUGA